UGGAAUGCGUUCAUCGGAGUUUCAACAAUCGUGUUAUGAAAAUUUACAAUAUCUUGGAAAUUAAUUAAAGUUUACACCAACGAAUAGUUUCUAAAAUGGGUCGAUCAAGGUCCCGAAGUAAAACACCACGACGACAUCAUAAAAGUAGCAAACAUUCAAGAAAGAAGAGUCGUUCGAAAGAUCGCUCUUCAUCGCGAAGUAGAAGUUCUAAACAUGCUGAGAAAACUAGAGAACGAAGUUCCAAAUCAAGAAAAAGAUCGCAUUCAGCGUCAUCGACAUCUAGUAGUGGCGGUUCUUAUGAUGCAAAUAGAACUAGCAGAAAGAAAUCCAAAGGACGCAGUAAAAUGGACGAAGUCGAUCGGCUUGCAGAAAUGGAAAGACAAAGACGUAUUAGAGAAGCAGAACAAAAGGUAGUUGAAGAGGAGGCGGCAAAAAGAAUAGAACUACUUGUAAAGAAGAGGGUUGAGGAAGAACUGGAGAAGCGUAAGGAUGAAAUAGAGCAAGAAGUUGCAAAAAGAGUCGAAGAGGCAAAAAGAAAGAUGGAGAAAGAAAUGAUGGAGGAACUAGAAAGGCAAAGAGAACAGCAACGUCAGGAGGAGAUGGCUAGACAGGAGGAAGAAGCUCGUAAAAGGAAAGAAUUGGAGGAAAUCAUGGCAGAAAAUAACAGAAAGAUAGAGGAAGCCCAACGCAAGCUGGCUGAAGAAAGACUAGCGAUGAUAGAAGAACAAAGAAAAAUGGAUGAAGAAAGACAAAAACUUAAAAAAGAACAAGAAAAACGAAUUAAAGAGGAACAAAAGAAAAUUUUAGGGAAAAAUAAUUCAAGACCCAAACUGUCAUUUUCACUGAAGCCUCUCUGAUGGGUAUUGUGAAUAUGUAAUAAACUUUUGCCAAGUUAAAGUUCUAUGUAUCUUGUGUUAGACAAAAUUUUCCAAGUGUCGUAAUUAGGGUUUGAUUUAAAAAAUUUGCAAAAUAAUAGGAAUAAUGAUAACAGAGACAUUUAAACUUAUUCCAUUUAAUUCAUAAAACAACAAAAUAAAAACUAGGUUAACUGAUGGCGUGGCUUAACAUUUUGUAUUGUCAAUAUAUCAUAAUGUCGAUUUUUUUGUACAGAAUCUCUAACAUGUUUGACAAAGACUUGUCCCUUUCAAAAUCACACACGAGAAAGAGAGGAAGAUAGAGAAAGAGAGAGAGCGAUUAUUUAGACCUGUCAAAUUCGUUAGAAAUUCUAUAUCUAUUUGGCGCAAUUCUCAAAUAUAGAGUUUGCUUACUGAAAGUCGAAAUAAAACUCGAACGCUUGAAAGCACACAUUGAUAAUUAAAAGUCUUAUUAGAUAUUUAUCAAUAUACACACACACAACCACUUUUAUAAAAUGUCAGUAACAUUUAAGGGUAAAUAAUUUCUAAAGCAUUCUUUAAUACAAGAUAAUGUUAAGUAGUAAAUAAUCUUAUUUAUAGUAUCAUACAUUUUUUUUACAAAUAUAUAUUAUAUAACAGAAUACAAUCCAAUUUUAAUUUGUUUAUGGUUUGAUUCAUACUGAAUUAUUUCCUUUACACUUUCGAAUCACUGCAAAAAUAGAAAAUUUACAGCAAAAUAAAUUAAAACUCCAUUGAAAUCCGUCCACACGAAAAGUUUUACAUAGUUUAUCCAUAGUUUUCUUUUAUUUACUUUAAUUUUGUUAUACUCCAGAACAAUAAAAGAACAAACUGUUUCUUGUCAAGAAGAUAGUUGUUCUAGUAGGAAAAUUUAAGACAGACAGACAAAUAUUCUGUUAUAUUUAAAAACAUGCUUAUGACUGAAACGGAAGAAGAUGAAUAAUUAGUCUCAACUGUCUAUCAUUAUUGAUGUUUUUUAUAAAUUAUUAUUUUAUGGCAUAUUUCAAUUGAUGCUACACCUAAUUGGAAAAACAAAUCUAAAACAAUAGAAUUAUCUUGAAAUAACAGAUAGAGGCAUACACGUUUGACAAUAUAGAUGCGCGUGCGUCGUUUCAUAAUAAUCUUCGACUUCUCAUUUAGAACUUUGGAUAUUAAUUGGCUUAAAAAAUAGAAUGUAGGUUGUAGAAAAUGUAUGUAAAGAACUAUUACGAUCAAAACGAUACGAUAAAAGAAGAACGCACGCCGCACCAGAUCGCCUAUAAUAAAACUAUUAAUUAACUCAGUUGAAUCAAACUUAUAUGAUUAACAAGACAGUAUAAUUAACAGUACCAGCAGCUUUAUAGAUAAAAUUCAAUCGAUAUUUAAAGCUAUUCAUUAAAAAAUCCUGUUGCGAUUUUUUUCUAUAUUUGUAGUACUAAUAUUUCAGGUGAAUGUUUAAUCAUAUAACAACAUAAAUAAUAACAUAUUUGAGUUGUAGAAUUGCGAACGCAGACCAUUUCUGUUAAUCAAUUGUAUUCUUUUAUAUAAAUAACAUAAUAAUCAAAAUAUCAACAUAAGAAAUAGUUGAGACAGAGGCCUUUGAAUUAACAUUAUAUAGCAAUACAUUUACGAAUCCGAACGUUUUAGAUAUUUUGAAAGUUGUUAUGUAGAUAUAGAUAUUUGUUAAAAUGCAAAUAUAUACUGCUAAAUUAAAUUAUUAACAAAGGUAUCUUUUAAGAGUUGUUAGAAAUCAGUGACAUGUUUCCACUGGUCUUGUCAAAAUUGUCUAAAAUAAAAGUUUUGUAUCAAAAUAUCCGUAAUCUUAGAUUGUAACUAGAUUAGAUUUUAUAUAUUCAUCAUCAUUAGAAUAUUAUUUAAUAAAGUAAACUGUUGAAUUUUGCUGCAAAACUUGUAUUUAAUAUGAUUUUAUUUUCUAAAUGUUUAUAUUCAACUUAUUCGCACGAUAUUUCUUUAACCAUUUAUUUAGUGAACAUUAAAAUAAAGAUCGUGCAUGCAUUUAAACUGAGUAAAUGAGUUAAUCUUUCAUAUUUCAUAAAUCCAUGCACUCUUUAAAGUAGGACCUACUUACGUUCAUUACUUAUAUUCAAUAACAUAUUUGAGCACAAUGUCAUUUCACUGUAAUCAAAAUUGAAAGCAUCAAAAUAAAG